UUGGAAAAACAAUGAAAAGCGAUGACAUUUACAAUUCCCUCAGAGACAAGAAGAAGAAAAGCGGUCGAGAAUAAUAAUAAUAAGGCGACGACUGGCGGACGAGUAACAAUUGUAUCGAAAUCGAAAGUGUUGCUGGCUGGCUCGUCGUUCGAAAAUCAGUAUAGUUAUGUGUGCUUGAUUGGGCGUCGUGCAUGCAAAAAUCUCACAUUUCCGGCAUCGUCGUAGACUGAACUGUUAUUUUUCGGUUGUUCGCGAAGAGCACGAGUUUCGAUGGCGUACCUUGGUGAUUACGAGGGGCAAACGGAGAAGGUGCUGCAGUUUCAAGAUCUCACAGGUAUCGAGGACACGGCCGUCUGCAGGGACGUGCUGCAGAGGCACCAGUGGAACCUGGAGGUAGCUGUACAGGAGCAGCUGAACAUCAGAGAGGGAAGACCAUCUGUGUACGCCUCGGAGGCGAGACCACCAGCAUUGAUGACCGACCACACUGCCCAACAUGUCUACUACAGUCCACCGGCGGACGGUUCAGCCAGUGGCUUCAGAGGUUUCGUGAGGAAUAUAAUCAGACUGUUUGUCAGUUUCUGCUACAACAGUUUGUUCAGCAUUAUAAACACGGCUGUUAGACUAUUUGGAAACGAUAGACCACCCAUAACAAAUCCCCUGCAGGACGUCAUGAAUUUCAUACAGACUUACGAUGAGAAGUACACGCCUUCGCAUCCCGUCUUCUACCAGGGCACAUACUCGCAGGUGAUGAAUGAUGCUAAGCGCGAAUUGAAAUUCCUGCUGAUCUACUUGCACAACGAGGAAUCCGAGGAUACGGUGAAGUUCUGCAGAACGACGCUGGCCGAUCCUCAGGUCAUCAAUUACAUCAACCAGAACUGUUUCUUCUGGGGUUGCUCCGUGAAGAGCGGCGAUGGCUACAAGCUUAUGCAGCUGUUCCGACCGAUGUACUAUCCGUACAUGUUGGUCGUCGUGCUGAAGGAGGCUCGCAUGACCAUAGUGGGACGGAUGGUCGGCUUCUGCGACGCCGAUACUUUCCAGAACAGAUUGUCCAAGGUGAUCAGGGAGUACGAGGUCAAUCUGGUGUCGGCGAGGGCGGACAGAGUGGAGCAGAGUAUGAACAGGUCGUUGAGGGCAUCGCAGGACGAGGCUUUCCUUGAAUCAUUGAAGGCGGACCAGGAGAAGGAACGUAGGAAAGAGGAGGAGCGGAUGGCGGAGGAGCAGCAAAUUAAAGAGAUCGAAAGGGAACGAUUGGAGGAGAUCGAAAGGAAGGAGCGGAUAGCCAAGGAGAAGGUGGAAUCGGUUAGUAAAGUGCCCGAUGAGCCGACCGACGACAAUCCGAAUUCCGUCCUUGUGGUCAUCAAACUGCCGUGCGGGACACGUCUGUGUCGCAGGUUCCUUAAGACACAUUCCUUGGAGGCGAUUUUCUACUUUGUGUUCAGUCACCCGAGCGCCCCGGACAGCUUCGAGAUCACCACCAAUUUCCCCAAGAGGGUGCUGCGAUGCAAGUCCGAAAACAACGUGGUUCUCACCAUCGAGCAGGCCGGACUGAAGAACCGGGAGGUGCUGUUCGUGAACGAUCUCGACGCGUAAAAUUCGUGAUUUUCUUUUUUUUCACUAUUAUCAUCUACUACAACAACAACAACUAUUACUAUUAUUAUUUUUCUUCUACUUCUUUUUCAUCCCGAUUGUUUAAGCGACGAUUUGGAUUUAUAUGGAAAAGUAUUUGAACUAUUUUUACCACACAAUAAUCUCACAAAUCACAGACGACACGGAACACCGGAGAUCAAAAAUUGGAGAGAGAGAGAGAAAGAGUAUAAAAGCAAGCACCAAACGUGUUUUUAAGAAAAUUUUAUCUUAAUUUAAUUUUAAUUAAUGCUUAAUAUUACUAUUAUUUUUUGGUUACCUUCGGAAUUCAGUUUAUGUUUCUUGGAGAAAAGAAAAGAGAGAAAAAAAACACUAAAUAUAUGCGUAUAUAUUAUUAUUAUAAUUAUUACUAUUAUUAUUAAUAUGGAUAUAAAAAAUGUUAUUAUUCAAUGAAAUCAAGAGUGCCCUGCAAAUUUGAAGGGAGGCGUCCGUUCUACGCCUACCCUUUUCUAAUUAACUAAGAGAAAAAAAGAAAAAAUGUCAACAAAGAAAUAUACUAUAAUAUGUUAUUAUUCUAUUAUGUAUGUAUACGUAAUUAAAUAUUUUAUUUUUGUCUCUGAUAGUAAUUACGAAAGGAAUCGUUGUAUGUGACCCAAAGUACACAUAUCUGCAUAUCAUUUGUGAUGGAUGGAUGAAUCGUGAUAUGAACUUAUUAUAUACAUUGAGCAAUAUUUUUGUAACCAUAUGACCAUACGAUGAUGUACUUGCAUUUGU